AUGGCGACACAUUGGCUCACGAGGAAGCGGGAACCGUUUCGGUUCUUCGACUUACCACGCGAACUUCGCGAUAUCGUUUACACAAUGGUGCAGUCCGACGUCAGACUCAGCAGACGCAGCAACAGGCUCUGGACAGUCGGCGCCAAAGUCUGGACCAUCGCUCCCGCUCUACGCCGUGUCAACAAGCAAUUCCAAAACGAGGUCGAUUGGAUCACACCAAAGCUCUGCGCGACGCUGCACCUGGAAGGCGGAGGCAUGACCUACCGCACCGCAGACAUGUUGCAGUAUCACCCUUGGCUCUUAAAGAACAUUCAGGAGGUCAAGGCCGGGACCGUGGUCAAAGCAAAUACGUGCCAGCUAUGCCAUUCGUUUGUGGACGCGAGGCGCUUUGCCAAUACCGUCAUCGAAGGCAUGGACGUCGCCUUUGGACUCACGAACAAAAUGCCACUCUCCGCGACGGCGCACCUAUCCGUCACCGUGAUGGCGUACGAGUGCAAGUCACAUGAUGCGUGGCCGGAGAAGGUGAAUCGCGACGAGCUGGUGUCGACCCUCGAGAGAAUAGGAAUCACGAAGACAACAAGGCCGCUCACUUUGCGCAUAGACAGAAAAUGCGGUGGCGAGUGCGUGUCUUGGUUGAAGUGGAGCCGGGGGCCUGGAUGGGUCGUCAAUCAGACUGAGGCGCAUCAGGGCACGGAAGACGUUGGGAAUCAGGGGUGA